CAUCACUAAAUUGCGGAUGGCAACACUGUUGUGUUUAUAAAAUAAAGUUUUUAAGAACGAACGGAUAAGAAUUGUCAUGCAAAUUACAAUCAAGGUGCUCAAGGGCACAGACUGCACGCUUGAGGUGUCAUCGACGUCCACUAUUCUGGAGGUAAAAGAAAAAAUUGAUGCCGCUCUGCAAAUUCCCGCCUCAAAUCAGAAACUACUGUUGCUUGGACGACCAUUGAACAAUGACCAGACAAUUGCCUCCUAUCCGAAUAUCAAAGAGGGCACCAAAAUCAAUCUGGUUGUCAUGAAGCCGGGACUACGCGAUUGCAUCCAUCGCGCAUUUCGCAAAUACUACACGGAAGUGCAAUCCGAGAGGCUGACCAACGAAUUCAUGACGGAUUUUGAAGCAAAACUCAAAGAACAGAGCCUGGACGAUUUAGAACGCUUUGCUGAUAACUCGAUAUAAAACUGAAAAAAAAACAAAAUUGCUUUUUUAUUAAUUGUUUAUUGUAGUAAAAAAUCACAACUGAGUUGA